UUUAAAGGCAUAUUUGCUACAUAAAAUGGCAAGAGAAACAGCAAACCAUCAACUAAGUAUUUUUGAACCAAGAGAAGACAUCUGGAUGAUGGAGAGCUUAAACGAAUUCUUCGAUGAUUGUGAGAAGGAGUACUCCCAACAAGUCUCAAUUCCAGAUUCUGAAAUACUUCAAGAGCCUCAUAUUAAAAAGAGUAAAUUCUUCCUAGACACAGAAAAACUUAAAGAAAAUUCCAAAAUUAAUGCAGAGCGAGCUAAAGAGCGUCAUUCUAGAUUAUCAAACAGACUCCAAGAAAGCCGGAAGUCUCAAGAACGGCCUCAGCCUAAUGAGGAUCUGCUCCCCUCAGAUGAGGAGGUUUCCUCUCGAGAUGAAAAAUACUCCCAGAUCUGCGAGAAUUUUAUCAACCUAAAUAAAGUCCCGAUCAAAUCAGAGGAAUUCACCCUUAACAAGCAUUCAGAGAUGGAUCGGGUAAUAAAACAGUACAAGAAGGGAAUCUCAAAGCGUACAGGUGAGCCUUCAAAAUAAGACGAAUCCUGGAAGUUGCCGGAUUACUAUCCAGAAACAGAAAUUGUGCCGCAAGAGCAUGCCUCGAAAGAGCAAGAACUUCCAUCGCUCAGUCAUGGCAACUGAAAAGCCCUCUUCAGGCAAUAAAAUCCAGGCUAGGUUUAAGUCCAGAAGGAUGUCCCACCAGAGUGCUCAUGCUUCUGAGAGGCCAAUCAGAGCCUCUCAGAAGAACAAGAAGUUAAAAAUCAAGGCAUGCAAUAUGAAGAGGUCAACCUCUCGAAGCAAGAGCUCACAAAGAAGAGGAUCUAUUACGAAAAAACCUGAGAAAAUGGAGAGCUUGAUAAAAUAAAUUAAAGCGAAAAUCGACGAAUAAAAGCCCACUGAUAGUCAAAUCUCUCAGGAAGAAGUCCAAGGGCAGUAUGAACCAGUCUCAGAUCAUCACCCUGAAGCUGAAAAAAUCGAGACCGAAGCGGGUGAGCCCAAGCAAGAGCUCAACCAGACCUCUAAUAUCGCGGAAUUCCAAGAAGAACUAUCAUAAUUCUCAGAUUAUCUCUCCAAAUGUUAGUGAAAACAAGUCUGGUGGAAGUAAAGUCAGUCCUAAAAAAGUGGCUAAGAAGAGUAAGAACAACAUGAGCUUCAGUCAGACCCAGAGAAGCAUGUUCAUGACCAAGAAGUCACAGAAAUCUGGGAAGAGCGCCAGUAAGAAUAACCAAAUCACUAUGAGCCCCCAGCAGACUUUGCUUGACAUGAUACUGAACUCUACAGGGAACCCGAUGUCCUUCGCUAAGGAUAUAGAUAUCUCUUAUGGCAAGAAUUUGUUUGUCAACGGGCCUACGAAGACUGCUGGGACGACUAAGGGCACGAUGUCUCCUCAGUCGACAAACAUGAUGGGGACGAAAUUCCUUAAGACCAAUAAGUACCUAGAGGACUUCAAGCUCACAUUAAGCGAAGCCUGUAAGACAUACGGCAAGGAAAAGGAGAAGUCAUACAGCAAGCAUGAGAAAGCGAAGAUUUUAAAAAGAAUGGUACAGUUGUGCCAGAAGACUGCUGAGAAUAAAUAAUUCCAACCCAAUAA